AAAAUGAUUCAUCAGUCCUUUUGUUCUGUUGGCCAGGGUCCCAGGAUUCUCGAGCUGUGCCCAGCUGACAAGCUUUUGAAGAUGGCACAAUAACAGUCGAGUGAUGCCUGACCAUGACAGCGCAGCCCUCUUAAGCAGACAAACCAAGAGAAGAAGAGUUGACAUUGGAGUGAAAAGGACUGUAGGGACAACAUCUGUGGUUUUCACUAAAGGAAGAGCAACCUUAUUCAGUGCCAUGAAUCCCCACGGUUCCGAGCAGGACGUUGAGUGUUCAGUGGUGCAGCAUGCAGAUGGGGAGAAGUCAAACGUGCUCCGCAAGCUGCUGAAGAGGGCAAACUCGUACGAAGAUGCCAUGAUCCCUUUUCCUGGAGCAACCAUCAUUUCACAGCUGUUGAAAAAUAACAUUACCAAAAAUGGUGGCACAGAGCCCAGCUUUCAAGGCAGUGGGCUCUCCAGCACAGGCUCAGAGAUUCACCAGGAGGACGCCUGCAGUAACUCUUCGCGAGAAAGCCCCCAAGAGUGUCUUUCCCCAUUCAGCAGGCCGACCAUGAGCCAGUUUGAUAUCGAGCGUCUUGGUGAUGAGCACCUGAGAGCCAAGCGGGCCAGAGUGGAGAACAUAAUCCGCGGUAUGAGCCACUCUCCCAGCGUUGCUCUACGCGGAAAUGAGAAUGACAGAGAGGGGGCGCCACAGCCCCCCAGCCCCCGGGAGAGUUACCGGGAAAACAAGCGCAAGCAGAAGCUGCCCCAGCAGCAGCAACAGAGCUUCCAGCAGCUGGUUUCAGCCAGAAAGGAGCAGAAGCACGAGGAGCGCAGGCAGCUGAAACUACAGCUGGAGGACAUGCAGAAGCAGCUGCGGCAGCUUCAGGAGAAGUUCUAUCAAAUCUACGACAGCACAGAUUCGGAAAACGAAGAAGAUGGUAACUUGUCUGAAGACAGCAUGCACUCGGAUGGCAUGGACCACCAGGCCCAAGACUCGGUGGCUGACAGAUCAGACAACGAAAUGUCCGAUUUGGACCCAGGGCAUUUCAUCGACCGUGCACGUGCCCUCAUUAGGCAACAUGCAAUGAUGACGGAAAAGCCUAAAAGAGACAGCCAGAGAGGGAAAGACCAAGGGCCAGCCUCCAUGCACACGGAAGGCAAGCAGCUGGCUGAGACAUUAAAACAGGAACUGAACACUGCCAUGUCCCAGGUAGUGGACACAGUGGUUAAGGUCUUCUCAAAACCCGUUCCUCAGGUCUUUCCACCCCUCCAAAUGCCUCAAGCCCGGUUUGCUGUCAAUGGGGAGAACCCAAACUUCCACGCCGCCAACCAGCGGUUACAGUGCUUUGGCGAUGUCAUCAUUCCUAACCCGCUAGACACUUUUACCAACAUGCAGAUGCCUAGCUCCAAUGACCAGACAGAAGCACUGCCCCUGGUGGUUCGAAAGAACUCAUCUGACCAAUCAUCCUCCACUCCCACCCCUGUAGGCCAUCACCAUCACCACCCUUCCCUGCAUCCGUCUCCACUGUCAGCCACUGUGGGCUUUGGCUCUCCUUCUUUCCGCCACCCCUUCCCCCUUCCCCUCAUGGGCUACCCAUUUCAGAAUCCUUUAGGCACCCCUUCAGGUUCCUAUUCGGGGAAAGACAGAGUGUCUCCAGAAUCCUUGGACUUGUCCAGGGAGGCCACUAGUCUACGGACCAAGAUGUCAUCCAAUCACAUGAACCAUCAUCGAUCUUGCUCACCUUCAUACCCAGGCAGCACAACUGAAGGCCUAUCUUUGUCCCUCAUAAAAUCUGAGUGUGGAGACCUUCAGGACAUGGCAGAGAUUUCACCUUAUUCAGGAAGUACAAUUCAGGAAGGACUUUCACCUAACCACUUAAAAAAGGCAAAGCUGAUGUUCUUUUACACAAGAUACCCAAGCUCCAACAUGCUCAAGAUGUUCUUCUCUGAUGUGAAGUUCAACAGAUGCAUCACUUCUCAGCUCAUCAAGUGGUUCAGCAACUUUCGAGAGUUCUACUACAUUCAGAUGGAGAAGUUUGCACGGCAAGCGAUCAAUGAUGGUGUCACAGGCACAGAGGAACUGAAUGUCACGCGGGACUGUGAGCUGUACAGGGCCCUCAACAUGCACUACAACAAGGCAAAUGACUUUGAGGUAGGACUUUGUCUGGUUUGUAAUGUAGAAGGAAUUUGCCUAGUGGCAGAAAAUAAAUACAUAUUGUUAUACAAUGGUACUAAGAUCCAGUCACCUAAAUAUUGUAUUUCUAGUGUCAAUUUCAAUGACUUGCAAGUGACGGAUUAAGUAAAACCUCGCAAA